AUGGAUAACAUUUAUCAGUCAAGUAACUUUCAUCACUGUUCAGUUGAUGAGAACGGCUUGCCUUUGCUAACCAAUAAUGUUCAUAUUUUCUUACGCAAAAAUGAUAAUGAUAUUAAUGGUGAUGAUGAUGAUGGUGAUGGUGAUGACGAUAAUGAUGAUGUUAAUAUUCGCAAUAAAAGUCUUUUCCUGGAACCGAAAAUACCAAUACAAGGCACAUCAUUACAUACUAGUGAAUCAGACGCAUCGAUGACUAUUCAUAAUGAAGAUAUUACAUUGAAAAUGUAUGAUAACUCCAUGCAGGAUACGUUGCUUUCCCAUUUGAACACUUUUCGACGAAAUCGCGAACUAUGUGACGUUGUUCUUUUUGUUCAUGAAAAGGAGAUUCUCGCCCAUAAGUCCCUCCAAUAUGAAUAUCUGAAGAUCUUUGAAAUGAAACUCAUGGUAUCGAAAGAACGUGUGAGUACAACGGUGCUACCGACAACAGAGACCAUUUCGCCACCAUUAACAACAACAGUUCCUGCUUCGUCAAUAACAUCACAACCAUUUUCUUAUUACGAAUUUGCUGAAGCGGAUUAUGAUUGUUUUGAAUCUAUUGUGAAUUAUGCCUACUCUUCUCAUUUGGAAAUAAGCAGCAAAAAAGUUGGUGAACUCUAUAAAACAGCUUGCGCUCUGCAAGUGACUCCAGUUGCUAGAGCUUGUGCUCGUUAUCUUAUCAAGAACCUUAAUGUUAUGGACUGCAUCGGAAUUCGACGUCAAGCUAACAUUAACGAUGAUGCACUUGUGGAACAAGUUGAUAAUUUCAUUGCUAAAAAUUUUGCACAAAUCAUUGAUGAAAGUCCAGAAUUCACUCAUUUGCCUCUUAUCAAGGUUCACUUAAUUUUGAACACUGAUGAUACAAAGCGACCGUGCUGUGGCGAAGAUAUUGCGCUGCGUGUUGUGCAGUAUUUUCAAUCUUUACCGUAUGCUAAUGAUCGCAUUGAACAGUGGAUUGAACAACUUUUGGAAAAGACACAUAUGUUAUACACCGAGACGGAUGCCAGAUUACAGGAUUGUUUAGAAAUGGAUGACCAUAGUUCUGUAGGAGCAUCUGAUAUAAUCCAGGAUUACAAGUGUACGGGUGGCUAUUUGCCGCGCAUAUACAGUGGAAGCAAUGUAUUGGAAGUCCAGACUCCUGCUCAUCACAUCACAGGUGCUACACAAGUGCAUCUGAAUUCAAGUCGUUUAAGCAAUGCAAAACUAUCGUCAGUGGAUAGCAACAGUUCACUGAAUUCAAACAUUGAACCAAAUGAUGAAUCUUACAAACUGAUCGCUGUGCACCGAACGGCCGAAGACUUUUGGAUCACGCUGGCAGUGUUUCGCCGAUGUUUGUUUGCGCUCAGUAUUCAGCUUUCUGAAGCUGAAAAUGUUAUAAAAUCGCGUAAGGCUUCACAGAUUACUGAAUCUUCACCAACUUUUGAGACAGAUCAGCAAGAGGAAAUCGGAGAAGAAGCAGUUGUGAGAUUGAUAUCAUCAGAGAGCAGCUUACGUAUUCCACUACCACAGAUGGAAAGUCCAAGAUGUUCCGUUGGAGGUGCAUUCAUCAACGGGAAAAUCAUUGUUUGUGGUGGUUAUGAUCGUGGCAAAUGUUUGGAGUCAGUGGAAGAAUAUAAUUUAUCAAAAGGUAGUUGGCGUCGUUUAGCUGAUAUGGCACAAUGCCGAGGUCGUUUCGACUCAGCCGUUGUGGGAAACAAUGUUUACGCUGUUGCUGGUAGUAGCGGGAGUGUGGAUUUGAAAACAGUGGAAUGUUACGAUUUAGAAAGCGAGAAAUGGUCAAUGAUUUUAAACAUAAAUACAAAACUUUUUGUUUUAUGCUGUGCUUCUCUGGAUGGAUUAAUCUAUUGUAUUGGGGGUUGUUGUGAGCAGAGUGUUUUGGGUGAAUGCGAGAGAUAUAAUCCCGAACUAGAUGAAUGGACUUCAAUAUCGCCGCUACGAACAGCACGUUUCCAGGCUGGUUGUACUUCAUGGCAUGGCCUCGUCAUUGUUUGUGGAGGAUGCAAUGGUUGGAAAUGUCUGGAUUCAGUUGAUGCUUACUGUCCAAAGACAGGAAAAUGGCAAAAACUAGCUCCUCUGAAAACAGCUAGACGUGGAUCUGGUGUUGCUGUAGUAAAAGAUUCAUUGUUUGUUAUUGGCGGUCAUGAUGGCAUGCAUUCACUGAAUUCAGUAGAGAUCUUGGAUGGUCCUACUGGAAAAUGGCGUUCAGGUCCAUCACUCACUAUUCCACGUGCUAAUGUUAAAGCAGCAGUAGCUUCGGGUGAUGAAAUAUAUCUUUUGGGUGGUUUUGAUGGAACGCAGUUUCUUUCUUCUAUUGAAGUGCUCAACAGUGGUUCGGUACUACUAGAGCUAACUGGUCGACCAGCAUCCUAUCUUUACGAGAAUGAUUGGGCUUACUUUGAACCAUUUCAUAUUCCGGCGUGCGAGAUCAUCAAGGAGAUGGAUAAAUUUUUGCUAAUCGUUGUGAAAUCUUCACCGCCGCGUUUUUUACAACGACAAGCUAUACGUGUCACAUGGGGCUCAGUACUCCAUUAUUCCGAUUUCACUAUUAAAACAAUAUUUGUGAUUGGCCGAGAACUUUCUGAUGAGGAAAAUGAACAGCUACAAAAAGAAAUUAAUUUACAUAAGGAUAUACUAAUUGGUGAUUACGUUGACAGUUACCGAAAUAAUACACUAAAGUUUUUAUCAGCGAUACAAUUUUCAUUCAGUUAUUGUAAUCAACAGUAUACUAUUCCUUAUGCAUUUUUUGUCGAUGAUGAUUAUUUGGUGUUGGUGCAAAAUCUAGUGGCAGAAAUAAAGAAAUAUGGUAUGAAUGAUCGGCUUUAUAUGGGUUGGAGGUUUGAUACGCGACCAUUUAGAACUAGGUUUCAUAAACAUCAGGUAUCCAUUACAACAUAUCCAUUCAAUCGUUAUCCACCUUAUGUAUCUGCUGGUGCAGUAUUGUUAUCGUCACAGACCAUUCGCGAAAUGUAUUAUGCAAUACAAUAUACGAGGCUUUAUUCUUAUGACGAUAUUUAUGCUGGUAUAUUGGCGAAAUCACUGAAUUUAACUGUCAAACAUAACAAAAAUAUGCGCUUCUGGAAAAAAGCAGUUAGUGUGGAAGAAGCAAAAACUUUAAUUUGUGCACAUGGAUUUGAAGGAAAGCGUCUGAUUUCACUCUAUAAUAAGUUCAGGGUUAAGGGAAUUCUAUAA